CGCUUUCAACGUGCAUGAAAGAUUGAUGACUGCAGACAGGUUGGGAGUCAAUUGGCCUUGGCCGGGUAAUCUGGCUGCCCGAUUGAGACUCGCGCAAAUGUCUUAUUGGUCAAAACUUUUACGCUAGUCCGUUUGUGGCUAGUGCGGCAGUUGAGUCACGGCAUUCAUAGAUGACCCUCGGAAUCCACUUCAGAAGUUCCAUCCAGUGUUGUGUCAUUGGUUCCUGUCAACCAAGUCAAAAGCAAGCAGCAGACGGUUGAUAUUCAACAACAACGUCUCUUCAUCUUGAUACAACCUUUGCUUUACAAACAGCAAACUGCGUAUAUUUCAUUGGCCGCUCUUAGUUUCAGAAGCAAUGGGGUCCUCGGUGCCCAGAAGCUUCAUCGACCUUCCGCUGGAAAUCCAGUUCCUGGUUUUCGCCAACUUUGACUGUGCACGCGACCUUCGAGCGCUUGCCUUGACUUGCAAGAAGCUGCAUAGCGCUGUCAACAACGAUGGAUGGCGACGUUUCGUGGAACGCAGUUUUCCCUCUCUGUCUAUUCCCAUUCCAAACGGAAAUCGCCACACCUGGGAACAACUUGCCGAAUCACUCACCUGGCAAAGUCGAUGCUGGGACCGGCGAGCUCUGCAAUUCCAAGUUCUACUACACUCACCACACGGCGAUGAGGUGAGACGGCAUCGAGGGAAUGCGAGGGGGAGAGGUCUAUUCCACUCUGUUGUUGAUGCUCAUUUCGACCCAGCCACCCAUGAAGAACUCGUUGUAUGGGGUGCCGGAGAAGACAUCGUUGGCCGGUAUAGGGAGCGCCAGGGACCGGACAAGCCGUCCAAGUCUUCGUGGCACAGCGUUAAUGGCAAGGAACUGGGCUUCAGAGCGGCUUACGAUGAUGUCAACUCGGUAAAGAUCGUCAAUCACCACACCGGACGAGCUGUUGUCACUGGAAGGCACAAUGGAACGCUGUCGCUCAUAUCAGCGGAACCAGAUCGCUUUGGCCAGCCCAUCUCGGAGUUCAAGUUCGGUCCUCCAGAAACAUCUGAAACAAACAACGGCUCAGAACCGGAAAAUCUCAGUUCGUUGGAUGUUCUCCAACACGGCUCCAGCUCAAGAAUAGCGGCUGCCACGAGGAAUGGCCUGGCCGUAUUCGACCUUCCUGCGGACGCCGCAACCGAACUAGAACCAUCUGCUACAUUUGAUCUCAAAACAGAGAUAUUCUCCCUGAACACCUCGAGACUCAGUCGUGCCAAAUGGAUGGAACAGGGCGAAACCAUUGCAUUGGCUUUGAGUGGCUCUCCCGAUCCUCUCCGUUACCUCUCCCUGACACCAACGGGCAUCACUCAUCACACAGCUGCCAAGAAUGCAUCAAUCGGGGCUCAGUUUGAGCUCAAGGACAAUGGAAAUAUCUGUCCCAAUUCUCUAGAACCUGUUUGUCGGACUGGAGGCUGCAGAACCAGUCUACUUCUCAGCGCGUGGCGAGAUGGGACUAUCAGGUUACAAGACUUACGCACACCAUCACCGUUUGACGCUGUCUAUCAAGACAAUGUUGAUCCAUGGGUUGAUGCUGAGGCCCUCAUGACAUACGGCACAGAGCGCUUCGUUGCCGGAGGCGGGGAUGGCCUCACCGUCAAGAUAUUCGACUUUCGCUGGGAACGACCCUACCAUCACACCUCAGGUCUUCCGUGUCUGAACUCUUCGCCAUUCCCAGGACCCUCGCAAGCGUUCUUGAAAAGUCCUACAAAGUCAAAUCUCGGCAAUGAAAGGUGCAAGCAAGGACGAGCGUGCCAGUACCACGAGCUCUCAAAACACAUCUACUAUCGACCGAACGCCAAGUUUUACCUUUCCAGGUCGCUGAUCAACAGCAGCGCCAGCAUCUGGUCGCUUGCCCGAGGGUCAGACAUCUCGCCCAACUUUUACAUUGGCAUUUCGGGUGGAGUUAUCGAAGCCAAUCUGGAACCGUGUCCAAACAACUACCCACCGGACCGACCCACUACCGACCCUAAUUUUGGAUUCCCAGAUUGGAGAGGACGUGCGGCAGAUGGCAGCGGGUACAUGAGCAGACAGGUCUCGCCGGCUCUUAUGGAGAUUGGGGACGGUUAUGCAUACAAGCACAACGACAGACCGAUACUGCUUCCCAGGCUGCAGGACUGUGGUGGUCCUCCGAGCUGGUCUGGCCCGAUACUGAAGCUCUCCAAGUAUCACCGACUCGAUAUGAACUAUCAGACAAGGGGGGACUUUGUGUGGGGUUGACCAUACCUCAGGGAUAGAAAACUGGACAUAUCACGGGACCAUUCCCCUGAAGCAUUCCAAAACAGCCAACAUCCCAACAUUUCGUGUUUCCAUGUCAGGAACAGCAUGCUGAGAAGCCUCUGUUCCCCAGCUGACCAGGUCAGAUGAACAGUGGUUGAACCUGGAGAAAACGGCCGGGAUGGUGCGGCUUAGCUAACAACUGGGGAAAUGGGGUGACCCGAUUGGUUGGCUACGUCAAAGCUGGGCUGAAAAAGGCUAAGACAAAUGCCGAGACUUCUCUGGGAUUGCCGGAUCUGAACGGAUGGGGUGGGUCGUGCUCGGGACGAGGGACGGACGUGCAUGCACUUGCGACCCGGGAAAUCAUCUUGUCGGGAAUACAUCAGACAUUUGGAGUAUCGUUUAUUUGGGAUGUUAUCUUUUUGGAGAUGUUAGACAGUAUUUACAUACAGAGUUGGGACCAACACAGCAUCGAACCAACCUGAGACAGGUCUGCAAGGGGAGAAUUGGGGAAGAAGGCGUGGUUUGGGGGAUUUAUAAAGAGCGAAGAAGCCCAGGCUUGAAAUGAUCAAAUGUGAUGUCAGACAUUACCCC